UCUUUGAAGGAGGCCGCCAAUGUAUCGCGGAGCAAGUCAGGAGGAGACUGAGUCUCUAUGACGACGGGAUUGUGAUGGGUUGACAGGUGCGUGACAGUCGCGGAGUGUGAAAGCAUGUACGCCACAAGCAAGAACAACAUGCCAUCGGACGGUCAAGCCAGAGAAAAGUUAGCGCUUUAUGUGUAUGAAUAUCUGCUACAUGUGGGGGCACAGAAAUCUGCACAGACCUUCCUGUCAGAGAUCCGAUGGGAGAAGAACAUAACAUUAGGAGAGCCACCUGGGUUCCUGCACUCAUGGUGGUGUGUUUUUUGGGAUCUCUACUGUGCUGGUUCUGAGAGAAGAGAAACAUGCGAGCACUCGAGUGAAGCCAAAGCUUUUCAUGAUUACAGUGCAGCAGCAACACACAGUCCUGUUAUUGGAAGUCCUCCGGCAGAGGGUAUGCCAAUGCCUCCGGGAUUUUUUCAAUUUAUGUCUCCUCGAUACCCAGGUGGGCCUAGAGGUUCUCUCAGAAUACCCAGUCAGGCUUUGGGUCCUGGGAACCCGCCCCUCCUGCCUAGCGGAUUGGAUCCUACAAGACAUGGUUAUGCCAACACCAGUGGCCCCAUACAGCGAAUGACUCCUCGAGGAAUAGUUUCUCUUGGACCCCAGAACUAUGGUGGUGGGAUGAGACCUCCCCUUAAUGCCCUUGUAGGACCUGGAAUGCCUGGAAUGAGCAUGGGUCCUGGGGGCAGACCGUGGCAAAACCCUCCAAAUUCGAUCCCUUAUUCAUCUAAGUCUCCAGUGUGUUUACAGGGACCCCCAGCAGGAGGUGGUCCUCCAGGAACACCCAUCAUGCCCAGUCCAGCAGAGUCGAACAACUCUGGCGACAACAUAUACAAUUUGAUCAGCUCAGUCCCUCCUAAUGGAAACAGACCAAAUUUUCUAAGUGCUGAUGGCCCGAUAGGCAGCAUGGCUAGCACGGAGCCUCAUCAUAUAAACGGUUCAUUAGGAUCUGGUGACAUUGAAAGACUCCCAAAGAGCUCACCGGGAAACCUCGGCAUGAACAACCAGCCUGGCACACCAAGAGAUGAUGGAGAAAUGGGUGGCAACUUCCUCGACCCUUUUCAGAGUGAUAAUUAUUCUCCAAAUAUGACCGUGAGUGUGUGAAUGGACAGACACGGCAGCGGUUCAGCCGAGAAGCAGAAUCUUCACCUCUCAGAUUUUUUAUUCAGUUUAUUUAAUAUGGACUAUUGUGAAUUAUUUUGUCAUGCUAUUCUAUGUACACCAAAACUAAACAAACCCAAGCAAGCCAUGAAAGGAGGUUCAGAAAGCCAGGUAGCUUUAUAUUAUUGUCAUAUUAUGGUAUAUGUUUGUGUCCCAUAUAUUUGUAGUGACACAGGAGGGAAAAGUUUUUUUUAUGAUUUUUUACCUCAAGGUCACUGGAUUUCAGCACACUGCCAAUACUGAAGAAACAAUUAAAAUGACAAUAUUCAUAGUAUGGUGGAAAAUAUCCCUGUAUCAAAAGCAUUUUAUACGUACCAAAUGUUAUAUGUACAUAAAAACAACUGAGCCAAAUUUGAAUAUUUAGGUUUCGCCUCAAGAUUCCCAGUUAUGCUGAAUUAUUUCUAGUAUUAAACAAUAGUGGAAAUUUAGAUAUGCUCACAAAAAAGAUUGUUUGCACCAUUGUAUUCUGGGUUGCCUUUUGAAAUGCAUGGUCUCCUCUAGAUCAUAAUGAUCAAGCUGAAGCCGUGGAUUCUUGCUGGUCAAUAAAAUACAUACAGCUGUGGAAAAAAUUGAGAGACCAUUCCAAAUGUUCAUAAAAUCAGCAUUUUGAUGUAUUGUGGCCAUUCCAGUCUUUUGAAUCUCGACAAAAUCAAACCUUAGGAGUGACAUGAAGUCAUACAACAGAAAUGUAAAAGACUGAGAGCAAUGCAAGACACAUGUAAACUGUAAAACAUUGUUUCUUUCUUUUCCUAAAUUACAUGUAAUAAAACUGUUGUUUUGCUUAAAA